CGGAUUAAAUGAGAUAGUUCUGUAUGCCGUCCGAGGGAGAGGAGAGCCAGAGGAGUAUUUCGAACAGAACCUUCGAGAGACUGGAAGCUUGCGAGCGAUAAUGGAGGGAGUAUCUUACCAGCGAUUCCCCAAAGUGAAGAUUAGAGAGAUGAAGGACGACUACCUCAAGUUCGAUCUCCGGGAGACAGACGCAAGCAUGGCCAACGCCCUUCGCCGCGUCAUGCUUGCUGAGGUACCCACUAUUGCGAUCGACCUCGUCGAAAUCGAGGUCAACUCCUCUGUUCUCAACGACGAGUUCAUCGCUCACCGCCUCGGCCUCAUCCCUCUCACCAGUGACCGCGCCAUGGGCAUGCGCUUCUCUCGUGACUGUGACGCCUGCGACGGCGACGGCCAGUGCGAGUAUUGCUCCGUCGAGUUCCACCUCAAAGUCCGCUGCGACUCCGACCAGACCCUCGACGUUACCAGCCACGACCUCAAAAGCUCCGACCCUUCCGUCGUCCCCGUCGAUGUCGCCCAGUACGCAGAGUCCGGUGGUUACGACGCUUCUGAGCAGAGGGGUAUACUUAUCGUGAAAUUGCGUCGUGGGCAAGAGCUGAGACUGAGAGCGAUAGCUAGAAAGGGGAUAGGAAAAGACCAUGCCAAGUGGUCGCCUGCAGCCACUGUGACUUUCAUGUAUGAACCGGAGUUCCAUAUUAAUGAAGAUUUAAUGGAAACACUGACACUUGAAGAGAAAAGAGAUUGGAUAGAGAGCAGCCCAACAAGGGUUUUUGACAUUGAUCCCAAUACUCAUCAGGUUGUAGUGGUUGACCCUGAGGCAUACACUUACGAUGAUGAGGUGAUAAAGAAAGCAGAAGCAAUGGGGAAGCCAGGACUUGUUGAGAUAUAUGCCAAAGAAGAUAGUUUCAUUUUCACUGUUGAAUCUACUGGCACCAUUAAAGCUUCACAGAUGGUGAUCAAUGCAAUAGAAGUGCUUAAACAAAAAUUGGAUGCAGUCCGGCUGUCAGAGGAAACUGAAGAAGCUGAUGAUCAGUUCGGUGAACUGGGUGCACACAUUCGUGGAGGAUGAUUGGUUUGAUCGCUUAAAGGCAACAUUACAUGCAGAAGAAAUUUUUUUGGUUGAAACUAUACUUUAUUGAUAUUGAUAAAAAAACAAAAGGAAAAAACUAGGAUUAGUUAACCUGAAUUUCUGAGCAAUGUAACAAGUUGUAUAGGGUGGAAGAUGCAUGAAUGAACCCAGGUUUUUUUUUUUGGUAGAUUAAUUGAUCUUCUUUUGAGGGUAAAGGUUGUAUUAAAUUGAGAUUAAACCGUGCCUAUCUAGAAGUUUUUGAUUUAUGAAAUGUUGGACUCCAUUCUAUGCA